AUGCCCACUCAGACGGAAAAGCGGGAAAGGGAUAGCCCCGCCCACCAGGGGGCCGGAGCAGGAAGCACUUGGACCAAUCGGGAGAGGGGAGGGCGGGGCCGGAGGGCGGACGGACAGCCGGAGGAGGAGGUGGCAGCUGGAACAUCUGCUGGCGGAGAGCAAGCGACGACCCUGCGCCCAGGAAGCAGUCAGCCUGGCCCGGCAAGGAGAGGGCAGCAGCGGGCAGUCAUUCGACAUGGGGCACCCCUUUCUCCACAAGGCCUGGGCCGCGCUGAGCCCAUCCCUCCCCGGAUCUUCGUCCUCUACCUGGCGCUGGGCAGCACUUGCUUGGUUCUCCUGAUGCUGCCCCUGGAGGGUCAGCCCAGCCCGUUGGUGCCCCCUGCCCUCCACGUCACCCUCCCUCAGAAGCUGGUGGCUGCUUAUGUCCUGGGCCUCUUAACCAUGGCAUUCCUGCGAUCCUGACCCCCUGGGGGGAGGCGACAACUUGACCAGUAGGGCUAUGAAUCCUCU